AUCCUGUGGAAAUGGAGUACCAGGAGGCUGUUAGCAAGAGCACCUUCCAGCAGCUAGUGACUGAUUUGGAGCCCUCGACCAGCUAUAGCUUUUAUAUAAAGGCUUACACCUCCCGGGGUGCCAGCAAAGCCUCAGAAGUCACGGUGGUGAGCACGCUGGGAGAAGUCCCAGCCAUGCCAUCCCUCUUUAUUAAAGUCAUUAACAGCACUGCUGUGCAGGCGACGUGGGAGCCCUCCAUCAAACUGGGCCAGCACGAAGGCUUCAAGCUGUAUUACCGCAAGGUCCACCUCUCCCAGUACACAGGUCCAGUGCUACUGGCCAGCAACGUCACGGCAUACAACAUCACCCACCUGGAUGCGUCGGUGGUGUAUGAAGUCAAGCUCCUUGCCUAUAACCAGCAUGGGGAUGGAAACUCAACUGUUCGCUUCGUGUCCUUGAGGGAAACUGUGGAGAGGACAGUGCUGAAUCCUCCCUGUGACUGCAUGAAGGAUGAGCAGAACAAUAAAACCUCCACAACUGGCAUUAUCAUCGGGAUCCACAUCGGCGUCACGUGCAUCAUAUUCUGCAUCCUCUUCCUCAUGUUCGGCUACCGAGGAAGGCUGCUGAUGUGCAAAAACGUGCAGGAGCAGCUGUCAACCCCCCAGAUCCCCAGGAGCCAGCGGAGCGCCACGGGGCUCGUCCUGAACGGGGCUGCUCGCAGGGACAGGGACGACCGGGACUUGAAUGGGAAGCAGCUGGAUAUGAACGAGCUGGAGAGGUUAUUCCCAGCAUCCCCAUCCCAGGAGCAGCAGGAUAAGGGAGUAACGUCGGCUCACAGCCCAGCGACACCCCACAACGACACCCAGAUCACCACACUCCCUCUGGAUGAGUUCAGCAUCAUCGAGGAGCAGCCAGACCCUCUCCCAAAAACCCUUCUCCCUCCA